UGACCUGCCCGAGGGGGGCGGCCGUUGAGGCGCGCGCGCGCUCGCGGCGGCGGCACCUCCCGUCCCCUCCCGUCCCCUCCCUCAGUCCCGCUCGGCGGCCGCGGCGGCAGCACCGGGGGUGCCGCUCUGGGCAGAGCUGUCUCCUUCUCCGCCUCGGCUCCGCUAUUCCCGGGCACGAUGCAGUUUAUGUUGCUUUUUAGUCGCCAGGGGAAACUGAGACUCCAGAAGUGGUAUGUCCCAUUAUCUGACAAAGAAAAGAAGAAAAUCACAAGGGAACUUGUUCAAACAGUAUUAGCCCGCAAACCGAAAAUGUGCAGCUUCCUGGAAUGGAGAGACCUGAAGAUUGUCUACAAAAGAUAUGCAAGUCUCUAUUUCUGCUGUGCUAUUGAAGAUCAGGACAAUGAACUAAUAACUCUGGAAAUAAUUCAUCGCUAUGUAGAACUUCUUGACAAGUAUUUUGGCAGUGUCUGUGAACUUGAUAUCAUCUUCAAUUUUGAAAAAGCCUAUUUCAUUCUGGAUGAGUUCCUUUUAGGAGGGGAAGUUCAGGAGACAUCCAAGAAAAAUGUCCUUAAAGCCAUCGAACAAGCAGAUCUUCUACAGGAGGAAGCAGAGACCCCACGUAGUGUACUUGAAGAAAUUGGAUUGACAUAAAUCUUCUCUUCAGCUGAUGCCAUCUCAGUGUUCCAUACUGUAAAUGUUCACUGCCUUCAUUGUAAUGUUUAGCUAAUGGUGUAAGAUGCUGUUUGUCAGUAUUACUGUUUUGCUAAGCUGCUUCAUUCAGGCCUACAAGAAAAAUACUUUUUUUUUAAAGGGAACAAGAAACCUAAGUUCAAAAUUUAUAAAUGAAAGGGAAUUGAAUUGGGUCAGUAUUUCCCUUCACAGCAUUUAUAGGAAAAUUGCAUUUGACUUCGAUAAGUACUGUUUUUUAUAAGCAAACUUGACUUCAGGAAAUAAAUAUAUUAUUAUGACAUAAGCAUAGCCUACCUAAAUGAAAAGAAACUACUUGGACAACUCCAAAUAUUAAAUCUUAUGGUGUAGAAAUUGUGUUUAUGCAACCAAAGAAUUUGUUCAUCUACAUUUUAGUCACCACUUGUGAUUAUUCUGCUUAUUUCAGUUGUUGCAUAAAGAUUGGAAAUAUCUGUUUACUACUGAAUUUGUCAUUAUACCAAAGAAUCCUGCCAGGAUCUGCAUAUCAAACUGGUAAAAAACUGUUAAGGUGAUAACUUCUUUUUUAAAGAAUACUGAUCAACUCACUAGAUAUGAUGUAUUUUAGUGUAGCUACCUUGAGAAAAACUGUGCAAGUUACUAUACUCCAAAGGGAAUGCAUGUAGGAGAAAAGGAAAACCAACCCAGACUGAAUAAGGAAACUGGUUUUAGGUCUGAUACUAGCUUGCUUUGACCAUGAAGACAAGAAAGGAGGUCAGCUUUCUAAAUGAACAGAGAGAUGCUUAAUGAAAACUGAAUACUUUGAAAGAUGGGAAAGAAGCUUUACAGAAGGGACCUUUUAUUAUUUUCUUUCAAAGUCUGCCAAUUAAUUUGUAUUUAUUGGUGUUUUAUAGUUAUGCUUUAUUGGGUGUAUAGUUACCUUUAGGACACACGAAGUAUCAAAGUCAUUUAACUGCUUUUCUUGAUCAACAUGUUGAACAUAUGACACAUCCCUUACAAUACUCCUGUGUGUUGUUGUUGAACCAACUAAUUUGCAGUGAGAGCUCUUAAACAUUAGAUUUGUAUAGUAUAUUCACUACACAUCAUGCAAACUGCUAUCCAGUAACAUUUUGACACUUUGAGCAGACUCUCAGUAAUUAUGAACUGAGCCUGUUUCACUUGUGGAAAUGUGAUCCAAUGUGGUUUUGAGGAGGCAGUGGGAGUCCACACCUGGGAGUAGCCGAGUCCUGUUGCCUGUCCCCAGGCAGUGGGUUGUCCCCUCCCUCUCCACCCAGACAUCUUUCCCUAGGAGUUUUGGCUUGUUCACCUGAGUGGUGCCAUGUUUUCACAAAGCUUAGCUCAGGCAGUGCUGCUGGCAGCAGCACUUCUGUGGCCAGCUGGAGAGUGGGUUGAGUAGUACCCAGCCAAAGGAGAAGUGUGGUGUUGCCACUUCUGAGGCCCUGAUCCAGACCCCAGCAUCAAUACUCGAUGCAGUGGCCAGCCAGGGCUGGGCUGUGUGUGCCACUCCUGUGGCAGUACCAGGGUGGUGCCUGUGAAUUCAAGGCAUUAGAACUUGUCCAUGGAUGCUCCUUCUAGGAUUUACAUACAGAUUCCAAAUGACCAUAGAGACUGUUUUUGUCCCAGGGCUUUUCCCCAGAGCACAGCAGGCAGGGAUAGAUGAGGGUAGAGGGGUAGCAAAAGAACCCUGUGAGUGAGAUUGAAGUGGUAAAAUGCAUUUAAGUAAAACCAGAAGCAAUUUUCUAUGUAUUAAACAUAUUUUUAAAGUUUUACACUGUCACUUGUAUGUGCUUGGCUGGAUUAAGCUUUGUUGUGAUUGUGACAAACUGUUUGACCCCUGUCACAUUGGUUUAGUUGUAAUAAAUGUCCAUUUUUACACCA